CUAAUAUAUGCAGACUUCAGAACCACAAACACGGAGCAGAAUAAAACCCAAUCUUUAACUUCUUUCUCAAUACUUUCCUUCUCCCGCUCGAUAUGGUUGAGUGAUUGGGCAUCGGAUGAUUAGAAGAUGACCCUUUCUUUGAAUCCAGUGGCGGCCUUCAACUCAAAGGUGCUUUCAAAACUCCAAAAUAUUUCAAUACCUUAUAAGGGAGCUCCUAGGUUGAAGACCAACUUCAUUGCAGUAUCCUCACAGCUAUGGCUUCAUUCAAGGAGGAAUAUAAAGGAAAAUAGAGGCAACUUGGUUCACUUAGCUGCAGAUAGUAAUCAUGUGGCCACAGACCCCACUAGUAACGAUUCCAAAAAUGUGGAAAGUAUAAUCUUUGAUAACCAGUUCUCAGCAGCGAAAUCUGUAACCUUGAAUUCUCAACUUGAAACUAGUGCCAACAAUGAACCAGUGCCUCAAAUCUCAGAAGCUUCUGAUGGGUUACAAGGUCCUAACGUGAAACAGAAGGAAUCAUCUUCUCCAGAUGUCCAACCUACACUGAAGAGAUCACCAUUGACAGCAAGAGAGAAACUGAGAGCUGCCCGUGUUCUCAGCCGAUAUACAGAAUCAAAGCCUUCUAAAUCAGAUAUGGGAAUGGGAAGCAAAGUUUUGGAUGCUUUAAGAGAAAGUGAUCGAGGGAAGAAAAGAUCUGGUCUUCCUGAAGCUCCUUCAAACUUGUUUGAUGACAGCAAAAGGGGGUUACCAAAGCAAGGCUGGACUUUUCAGUUUCCAGGGGGUACUGAUCUGUUUAUCAUUAUAUUCUCAUUUGUCUUCAUCAGUACAGUAAUGUUUGCAACAACUUAUGUUGUAUGGAAAGCUGGUGCCAUCCAUUUUAAUGAGUAUUAGAGAUGCUUCAGGUACCACCACUCCCCCUCUAGAUAAGCUGCUACUUGAAGCAUUAAUGGAGCAAGCUGAGAGCUUACAUGAUUUAUACUUCAGAAAGUUGCAUAAAUUUGGUAGUUUUGAAGCUUAAAUGUAAAAUAUAUACUGAAAUGCAAUUUCCUUUGUUUUGUCCCUCUUAAAAUUUUGACUAUCUAUGCUUGUCAAAUGUACAUGUGCUCUGCUUCUGAACUUGUACUGCUAGGAGAUACCUAUGUGGUACACAAGUUAUAAUAUUUAUUUGGUUAUUAAUUUCAUUAAUUGAUAUAUACCUAAAGGAAAGUAGCAUGUAUAAAUGGCUCCAUCUUUUGUUCAAUCA